CCCCCCGGGCAGCGCCGCUGCCCCUCUCGGCCGGGACCCGCAGCGGCGCGGCGGGAGCGGGGCCUGCGCGGGGCUAUGGCGGGCACGGCGCGGGGGCUCCGGGCGAUGCCGCGGCUGCUGCUGCUCCUCUGGGCCUUGGUGCUGCCGCCGCUCUCGCUGCAGAGUCCGGCCCGCGCCCCCCACAUCAAGAAAGCGGAGGCGGCGGCCGCGGUGCCCGGCGAGGCGCUGCGGUACCUGCACUCGGCCGAGCUGGGCGAGGCGCUGCGGGCGCUGGCGGUCGCGGCCCCCCCGGGGCUGGUGCGGCUCUUCAGCAUCGGGCAAUCGGUGGAGAAGCGGCCGCUGUGGGUGCUGCGCCUCACGGCCGGGCUGGGCCCCGAGCGCCCUGACGAGCCGGCCGGCGGCGCGGCCCUGCCCGGGCGGCCGCAGGUGAAGCUGGUGGGCAACAUGCACGGGGACGAGCCGCUGGCACGGCCGCUGCUGCUGCGCCUGGCCUGGGAGCUGGUGCUGGGCUGGGCUGGCGGCGACGAGCGUAUCGUCCGCCUGCUCAACACCACCGACCUGUACCUGCUGCCCAGCCUCAACCCCGACGGCUUCGAGCGCGCCCAAGAAGGCGAUUGCGGCGGCGGCGGCGGCACCGAGGGCGGGCGGGAGAACAGCCGCGGCCGCGACCUUAACCGCAGCUUUCCCGACCAGUUCGGGGACGCCGAGCCCAACCUGGAGCCCGUACCCGAGGUGCAGGCGCUCAUAGACUGGAUGCGCCGCAACAGGUUUCUGCUCUCUGGCAAUCUCCAUGGUGGCUCUGUGGUGGCAAGCUACCCCUACGAUGACUCUCCCACGCACAGGCCCACAGGAGUCUACAGUAAAUCAGCUGAUGAUGAAGUCUUCAAAUAUUUGGCAAAAGCUUAUGCUUCACAUCACCCCAUCAUGAGAACUGGCAAACCCAACUGCCCUGGAGAGGAGGGAGAGACCUUCCCAGAUGGCAUCACAAAUGGUGCCCAGUGGUACGACGUAGAAGGUGGGAUGCAGGAUUACAACUACGUGUGGGCCAACUGCUUUGAAAUAACAUUGGAGCUGUCCUGCUGCAAAUACCCACUGACCUCUGAGCUUCCAAAGGAGUGGGCAAACAACCGUGAAUCUCUCCUGGCUUUCAUUGAGAAGGUCCACAUUGGCGUGAAGGGCUUUGUGAGGGAUGCAAUCACAGGAGCUGGCCUAGACAAUGCGACCAUUGCUGUUGCUGGUAUUGCUCAUAACAUCACAGCAGGGAAAUUUGGUGAUUACCACCGGCUGCUGGUGCCUGGGACCUACAACCUGACUGCUUUUGUGAUGGGUUACACACCAGUGACCAAAGAGAACAUUGAGGUGAAGGAGGGAGAUGCAACAGAAGUGAACUUCUCCUUGCAGCCGACUGUGAUGCCACCAGCUCCUAAUGUCACACAGCUCACGGCAGCGCCUGCCCCUGUCACUGCCAUCACCCCCACCCCUGUGCAGGCUGAGGCCCCAAAUCCAACCUCUGUCCAUCAACCCAUCCAACCCGUGGACUUCCGCCACCACCACUUCUCAGACAUGGAGAUCUUCCUGCGGCGCUACGCCAACGAGUACCCCAACAUCACCCGCCUCUACUCCGUGGGCAAGUCCGUGGAGCUGCGGGAGCUCUAUGUCAUGGAGAUCUCUGACAACCCUGGUGUCCAUGAAGCAGGUGAGCCAGAGUUCAAGUACAUCGGUAACAUGCAUGGGAAUGAAGUUGUGGGGCGAGAGCUUCUCCUGAACCUCAUCGAGUACCUCUGCAAGAACUUUGGCACAGAUCCUGAAGUGACUGACUUGGUCCAGAGCACACGGAUCCACAUCAUGCCAUCUAUGAACCCUGAUGGCUAUGAGAAGUCCCAGGAAGGAGACAAAGGAGGUACUGUUGGCAGGAACAACAGCAACAACUACGACCUGAACAGGAACUUUCCAGAUCAGUUUGUCCAUGUGACAGACCCUCCACAGCCAGAAACUCGUGCUGUCAUGGCCUGGCUAAAGUCUUACCCGUUUGUACUCUCAGCAAACCUGCAUGGAGGUUCCCUGGUGGUUAAUUACCCCUUCGAUGAUGAUGAACAAGGAGUAGCCAUAUACAGUAAAUCCCCAGAUGAUGCUGUGUUCCAGAAGCUGGCACUUGCCUACUCCAAGGAAAAUGCAAAGAUGUACCAGGGAAGCCCUUGUAAGGAUAUGUACCCCUCUGAGUACUUCCCACAUGGCAUCACUAACGGGGCUCAGUGGUAUAACGUUCCAGGUGGGAUGCAAGACUGGAAUUACUUACAUACAAACUGCUUUGAGGUGACCAUUGAGUUGGGCUGUGUGAAAUACCCAAAAGCUGAGGAGCUGCCGAAGUACUGGGCACAGAACCGGCGCUCACUGCUGCAGUUCAUGAAACAGGUUCACCAGGGUGUCUGGGGCUUCGUGCUGGAUGCUGUGGACAAGAGAGGCAUCCUCAAUGCCACCAUCAGCGUGGCCAAUAUCGACCACCCGGUGACCACCUACAAGGAUGGAGACUUCUGGCGCCUCCUGGUCCCAGGGAUGUACAGAAUCACAGCGUCUGCCCGAGGGUAUGAUCCACUCACUAAGCUGGUGGAAGUUGAUAGCAAAGGUGGGGUGCAGGUCAACUUCACUCUUUCACGGACAGACAGCAAAGUGGAAGAGGGAAAGGUGCUGGUCUUGAACACUCCAGACACAAGCAACCCCAACGAGAAGGAGUUUGAGACCCUGAUCAAAGAUCUCUCUGCUGAGAAUGGUCUGGAGCGGCUCCUGCUCACCUCCUCCAGGGAUGUGGCUCCCUACAGAUACCGGCCCUACAAGGACCUUUCCGAGUUCCUCCGAGGCCUCAACCUCAACUACCCACACAUCACAAAUCUCACCAGUUUGGGUCAGAGUGUGGAGUUCCGCCAGAUCUGGUCUCUUGAAAUCUCCAACAAGCCCAACGAGUCUGAGCCUGAGGAGCCCAAGAUCCGCUUUGUUGCUGGGAUUCAUGGAAACGCUCCCGUUGGGACAGAGCUGCUCCUGACACUGGCAGAAUUUCUUUGCAUGAACUAUAAGAAGAAUGCUGCUGUUACAAAGCUGAUUGACCGGACACGGAUCACGAUUGUGCCUUCCCUGAACCCAGAUGGACGCGAGAUCGCCCAGGAGAGAGGCUGCACCUCGAAGAUAGGCCAGACCAACGCUCAUGGCAGAGAUCUGGACACAGAUUUCACAAGCAAUUACACCCAGUACUCAGUGGCACGAGAGCCUGAGACCAAAGCCAUCAUGGAGAAUUUGAUACUGAAGCAGGAUUUCAGCCUCUCUGUUGCUCUGGAUGGAGGAUCUCUGCUUGUCACUUACCCCUAUGACAAGCCAACACAGUCAGUGGGGAACAAAGAAACACUAAAGCAUUUGGCGUCUCUGUAUGCAAACAACCACCCAGUGAUGCAUUUGGGCCAGCCAGGCUGUCCAAAUAAGUCAGAUGAGAAUAUUCCUGGUGGAGUGAUCCGUGGCUCGGAAUGGCACAGUCACCUGGGAAGUAUGAAGGAUUUCAGUGUGACAUUUGGUCAUUGUCCUGAGAUCACUGUUUAUACUGGCUGCUGCUACUUCCCCAGUGCUGGACAACUUCCUGGCCUGUGGGCAGACCACAGGAAAUCUCUCCUUAGCAUGCUUGUGGAGGUCCAUAAGGGAGUGCAUGGCAUUGUCCAAGACAAGAGUGGCAGGGCAAUUUCUAAAGCUGCCAUUGUUCUGAAUGAAGGCUUGAGGGUCUACACUAAAGAAGGUGGCUAUUUCCACGUGCUCCUGGCUCCAGGUUUUCACAGCAUUGAUGCAAUAGCCAGUGGGUACCAGCAGAAACAUGUCAAGGUCUUUGUACGUGAUGAUGCACCCAGCUCUGUGUUCAUAGUAUUUGACACAGAAAACAGGAUUUUUGGACUGCCAAGAGAGCUGGUUGUGACUGUGGCAGGUGCCAGCAUGUCUGCCCUGGUGCUCACUGCCUGUAUCAUCUGGUGUGUGUGCUCCAUCAAGUCCAACAGACACAAGGAUGGCUUCCACCGCCUCCGGCAGCACCACGACGACUACGAGGACGAAAUCCGCAUGAUGUCCACUGGCUCCAAGAAAUCCCUCCUGAGCCACGAAUUCCAGGAUGAAACAGACACUGAAGAAGAAACACUGUACUCCAGCAAACACUGACACCUCCAGGGCAGGAAAGGAGGUUUCCAUGGACCAGACCCGGUGGUGGAGGGCGAUCCCUGUGGUUCAGUUUUGAAAUGUUAGCUUCAGGAUGUGUCUUCCAGAGGGGUGGGUGGCAGCUCCCAGCUUUCCUCUGUUUGCUCUGUUCCUGUGUACAGGCACUCAGUGGGUGUUGGAGGCUGUUCCUGAGAUGGGGAAAUGGUUUGUUACAUUUUUGGGUCAAGAUCUGGAGGUUUAUAUGAUGGGGUUUGAAAGGCAGCUUUAACAGGGUGGCCAGCAGAGCUCUUAGCAUUUCCCCAGCAUCUCAGCACAGGGACCAGAUGGUGGGGAAGUGCCCCAAGACCUGCAUGGGGUUGUGGUCACAACACUCCAAAAAAGGUUUCUCUACCUGUUUUGAUUUCAUAUUUUCCACUACAUGCUUGAGGGAAGCCAGAUCCUUCAAAGUGACUCCACAUUCUGGAGAGCAGAUCUCAGAAAAAGACGACCUCCCCCCCCC